AUGAAUUGCGGCAAGUGUAUAGGAACAGAAGAGAACCCCGAAAUUGUUGAUAACGAUGUGCAGAGCAUUCCAAACUCGACAAGAAACUGCAUACGGGUCCUUGGAUCUGCAGAGAUGGCAAACUUAGAAGCCAUAAAUACGCAAUAUCGUCGAGUGCAGAAGUUUUGGAGAAACUCUGGGCAAGCGAAGUUGGAAAUGUUGGGGUUUUUAUAA